GGUAUAUAUCAAAAAUUAGGAAAAAUUAAAAACUAUGAAUUUUUUGAUAAGGUGAGUGUAAAAUAGAUGACGUCCAUUUGAAGCGAUUUUGAGCCACCUCGAUCUUCCUACAUGGCUACGUGUCUUCUCCACACAAAAAUCCUGCGUCCCAUAAAACGGAUCUCGUCAUCCAAACCGAUAGCCUUGCAAAUACACAUCGCCGCUAACCUGUUUGAUAAAAAGCCCCAAAGAAAAAAAUAAAAUAAUAAUAAUUGAUCCAAUAGACCCAACAUGGCCUCGAGCGAUCAAACCCCCGGCCCUAUGCCGCCCGGUGACGGCUCUGUGCCUCCGGGACAGCCCAUGACGGUGGGCCAGCAUAUUCUGGACAAGGGGGCCCAAAUGCUGCAAACCCUCAAGCCCAUCAAGAGCAUGAGCCAGCACGUUUGUACAUUUGCUGUUUAUAGCCACGACAUGACCCGACAAAUGGAGACCCACCACUAUGUGACCCGACUGAACCAAGACUUCUUCCAGUGUGCCGUUUACGAUUCUGAUGAGUCCACCGGUCGCCUCAUUGGCGUGGAGUAUAUUGUUUCAGACCGAAUUUUCGAUACCCUUCCGCCCGAGGAACAGAAGCUUUGGCACUCUCACGGUUACGAGAUCACGUCAGGCUUGUGGGUGCACCCUCGAAUACCAGAGAUGGUUCAAAAGUCGGAACUCCAUGACUUGGCCCGGACAUAUGGCAAAUUUUGGUGCACUUGGCAAGUCGAUAGAGGUGAUAGACUACCCUUGGGUGCACCUGCACUAAUGGUGUCACCACAAGGAGUGAACAUGGGCUCAAUUGAUCGGGAGCUUAUUACAAAGAGGGACAACAAGUACAAAAUAUCGACUGACGAGCUUAUGAGAAAGAGGGUUGAUAUUGCAGUGCCUGAGGCCUCGGUUGUGGCUAAUUAUGCCGACUAUUGGAUGAAAACGGGCAAAGGUUUAGCCAUUGAUGUCGAGCAAACACAGAUGAAAUCUUUGGCUCCUUUUCCAUGAUGGGACCAAUGUGUAUUUCCUACUUUGUGUAAUAAAAUAAGGAAGAGAGAAAAAUAAACUCAUGUAUGUAUUCAUUUUCAAUGGAUAUCAUGUAUGUAUGUGUUUUAUAAUACUUAUCUUAUGCAUGGGACUUGGGUACAAUAUGGCGUGUUUUGAUCCGUGCUAGAUAGUUGUUUGAUUUCAAUGAAGUGUUUAUUUUUAGUCAUGCUAUAAUACAAUAAUAAUGUAUACGAAUAAUUUAUAAAUUGAGAUACUGAAAAUAC